AUGAUGGAUAUUUUAGUGAUGGAUCGAAUUAAUGUUAGCUUUGUACAUCACCAUAUUCAAAGUGUGAAAAUAAUCCAAAUGAUUGGACCAAAUGCAUCUCUACUUUUACAUUAAGUUAGGAUAUACAAUAUAAAUAUCAGUGUUAAUCUGGCUAUUUUUAUAAUGAUUCUUAAACAUGUUAACAAUGUGAUAGUCCAUGCUAAACUUGCGAAUCAAAUAAGAAUCACUGAUUAAUAUUUCAUCAAUGUGUAUAUAAAACAGGUUGGAUUUUUAAUACUGAUGGUCUUACAUGCAUCAAAUGCUAAGUACCAUGUAUUACUUGUGUAGAUACAAUAAAUAAAUGUGUUAUCUGUAAAGACCUAGUACAUUAAUAACCUGAAUUUUGUUUAUGUGAAUCUGGAUGGAUAUUUGAUGACAAUUAUUUCUGUAUACCUUGUAUAUAACCAUAUAAAACUUGUGAAAUAUCUACAUCUAAAUGUUUGA